AUGCCUGACACCCUGGAACUGUUGGUGACUACAGUUAUACAUAGGUUCACGGGCAACGUGAAGCUGAAGGCGGUCAUGGUGCUGGGCGGCGAGGGCGGCACGCACCCCGCGGAGCUGCGCCUCUUCAAGAACAUUCCUCACAUGUCCUUCGACGAUGCGGCCAGGGAACCGGAGCAGACGUUCGCGCUGAGCCGGGAUCUCACGGGAGAGCUGGAGUAUCCCACCAAAAUUGCCCGUUUUUCCAAUGUUUACCAUCUCUCGAUGCACUUUCCCAAGAACUUUGGAGCUGAGACAACAAAGAUUUUCUACAUAGGCCUGAAAGGAGAGUGGACAGAGGCUCGCCGCCACGAAGUGACCAUCUGCAGCUACGAGGCCUCGGCAAACCCCGCGGAUCACAAGCUGGAGCAGAUCACGCCCCAGACUCACUUCAUUUCCUAA